CCCAGCAGAGGGAAAAGCCUGUCCAGCCCAAGCUUCAGUACCUCUGGUCCUGGCCAGAGACCUACAAGCAGGAGCAUGAUAUAGAAACACCCCAUGGUAUGGCUCACAUCACCAUAAGUGGCUCACUGAAGAGAAAUAGACCAGUCAUCCUGACAUACCAUGACAUCGGGCUCAACCAUAAAUCCUGCUUCAACACGUUCUUCAACUUUGAGGAUAUGCAAGAGAUCACCCAGCACUUUGCUGUCUGUCAUGUGGAUGCCCCAGGCCAACAAGAAGCAGCACCCUCCUUCCCGACAGGGUAUCAGUACCCUACCAUGGAUGAGCUCGCCGAGAUGCUGUUUUGUAUUCUUAAACACUUAAGCGUGAAGAGCAUCAUUGGUAUUGGAGUUGGAGCAGGAGCCUACGUCCUCAGCAGGUUCGCACUCAAUCAUCCAGAGCUGGUAGAAGGUCUUGUGCUCAUUAACAUUGACCCGUGUGCUAAAGGCUGGAUUGACUGGGCAGCUUCCAAACUCUCAGGCUUGACCACCAACAUUGUGGACAUAAUUUUGGCUCAUCACUUUGGGCAGGAAGAGCUGAGAACCAACCUGGAACUGAUUCAAAGUUACAGACUACAAAUUGCCCAGGAUAUCAACCAAGGAAACCUAGAGCUUUUCCUGCGUUCUUAUGAUAGGCGCAGAGACCUGGAGAUCAAAAGACCCAAACCAGGCCAAGAAGAUAACAGAUUGAAAACGUUAAAAUGCUCUACUUUACUGGUGGUGGGGGACAGUUCACCUGCUGUGGAGGCUGUGGUUGAAUGUAAUUCCCGCCUCAAUCCUAUAACUACAACUUUACUGAAGAUGGCAGACUGUGGAGGACUGCCCCAAGUAGUUCAGCCUGGGAAGCUCACCGAGGCCUUCAAGUACUUUCUGCAGGGAAUGGGCUACAUACCAUCUGCCAGCAUGACCCGGCUCGCCCGAUCACGAACCCACUCAGCUCCCAGUAAUGUCGGAACUGAAAAAAUUUAUUUCAGCCAGCCUGUGACCAGCAAUCAGUCAGAUGGAACUCAAGAACUCUAAGAGUCCACUAAUAUCCUGGACAGACACCAGACCAUGGAAGUGUCUUGCUAAGCAGAUGCUCUUCCCCUGGACCAUGCAAGUCCCUCCUCCUUGAAAUGACCACUCCAUAAUAGAACAUUCCAUUCUGUCAGCUGGCCUCUACUUUCUUUCACUCAUGCAUGGAUUAAUCUCUCCUCUGGUAGCCUGGACUAUCAUCCUCUCCACACAGCUUUUCUCCUGUGUAUCAAGAACCAUACUCACACCAUUACUGUAACAUUUCCAUAUCUUC